UGCGUCAUGACGCUUCUGAAAGCGUCCGUUCCCAUAGUAACAAACCAGCCGAGGAACCGAGCGGCGCGGUGAUUUCUGUAUCUGAGCAAUGUCCAAAGGAAAGGGCAUGGGCACUAAGGCUCCGUAUGGGCACCCGAGGCAGAAGGAGAGGCUGUGCAUCCGGUACAAGUGUGCGCUCACAAACACCAUCGCUGACGUGCUGAGGCAGCGCCCCGGCUGGACUGAAGUGAGAGACGACGGUGACUGGGACUUUUACUGGUGCGACGUUGGUUGGUUGCGCGAAAACUUCGACCACAUCUACAUGGAGGAGCACGUGCGCAUCUGCCACUUCCGCAACCACUACGAGCUGACACGGAAGAAUUUCAUGGUGAAGAACCUGAAGCGGUUCCGGAAGCAGCUGGAGCGCGAGUCGGGCAGAACCGAGGCCUCAAAAUGUGACUUUUUCCCCAAAACCUUUGAGCUGCCGGCAGAAUAUCACCUGUUUGUGGAGGAAUUCCGCCGGAAUCCCGGGAUCACGUGGAUUAUGAAGCCUGUUGCCAGGUCCCAGGGUCGGGGGAUUUUCCUGUUCAGGAGACUCAAGGACAUCACUGAUUGGAGGAAGGAUGGGGGGCGCCCCGAUGAGCAGAGAGAGGACAUCCCUGUGGAGAAUUAUGUGGCGCAGCGGUAUAUUGAAAAUCCAUAUUUGAUUGGAGGAAGAAAGUUUGAUUUGCGCAUUUAUGUUCUUGUGACCUCGUAUGUGCCGCUGAAGGCCUGGCUGUACCGGGAUGGCUUUGCCCGUUUCUCUAACACACGGUUUACUCUCAGUAGUAUUGAUGACCAGUAUAUACAUCUGACCAAUGUGGCUGUGCAGAAAACGGCACCGGACUACGACCCAGAAAAGGGGUGCAAGUGGAUGAUGCAGCAGUUGCGCCAGUUCCUGACGGCGCGGCACGGCCCGGAGACCGUAGAGGUUCUGUUCAGUAACAUGGACGAUAUCAUCAUCAAGAGCCUGCAGAGCGUCCAGAAGAUCAUCAUCAACGACAAGCACUGCUUCGAGCUGUACGGCUACGACAUCCUACUGGACCAGGACCUCAAGCCGUGGCUCCUAGAGGUAAAUGCCUCCCCCUCGCUCACAGCCAGCAGUCAGGACGAUCACGAGCUGAAGUGUCGCCUCCUAGAGGACGUGCUGCACGUGGUGGAUAUGGAGGGCAGACUAACGGGGAGGGAAAAGCGCGUUGGGGGCUUCGACCUGAUGUGGAACGAGGGGGCAGUGUCCCGCGAGGGGGCCCAGAGCGACACCCUCAGCCACGGGGAGUUUGUGGCCAACACCCAUUUAGGUUGUGUUAAUGACAGAAAGAGACAGCUCCAGCAAGUUCUGAAAGCAGCUCGGAAGCCAUGAUGUGUGGCCCCCGGGGCCCAGAACAACAGCCAUGAGCGGCCACUGGGGGGCACUGCACUGUAUACAGAGCGUAUGGACUGAGUGUGAGUCAUGCAUAGGGGAGUUGGGCCAGUACUGGGGGUGUUAGAGCCCCCCCUGCGAGGAAAGGAUGGAUCCGCCCACUGCACCCCGUUACCCAGCAGCGCCUCAUUCUCCCAGCAGCACCCUCUUUCCUUUCUUCCCCAGAGGCAUUCCUGCCAACAGAGACACGAGGGUGCCACGCUGUGCCAACGGCGCCAUUAUGUGCCCAGCUGUUUGUGGGUACCCGGCGGGAAGGAAUCACUGUUAUUUGGGGGUGUAUAGUCUCACCCCCGAAUUACUUACACUGACACAGCCCAGCAAGGAGAGCCAUUUCCACUGGUCACACUGGGCUGGGGGCAGGACCAACUCCGACCCACUGAAGCUGGUUCUGUACAGCCCUGCGUGGCCCAACCUGCUGCUCAUAGAGCCGGGUCAGAUCUGUAAGUAUCGGGGGGCUGGGUGGGGCUUGUAGGGAAUUUAAUGUGAAUAAAAGGCCGAUCCCCCAGAAA